AUGAACCUUUUCGGGAGCUGGGGCCUCCUGGGGGCCCUUUUCGCCCUGUCCUGCUGCUCAGGGGAGGAGGAGUUCGGGGUGUCCACCUGGCCUGCACAGGUGGCAGUGGGGCCCGGAGAGUCCUGGCUGAUCAACUGCAGCACCAGCUGUGCACAGCCGGAAAAGGGAGGCCUGGAGACGCUCCUGAGCAAGAACCUGCUGGCACAGGGCAUGGGCUGGAUGCAGUUUGAAGUGGCCAAUGCCUCCAGUGACACCAUCAUCUACUGCUACUUUAUCUGUUCAGGCCAGCAGCGCUCCCAGGGCCUCAACGUCACUGUGUUCCACCCUCCAACACUAGUGCAACUGAAGCUGAAGCCAUCGUGGGUGUCUGUGGGCAGGACCUUUGCCCUGGAGUGUCGGGUGCCGGCGGUGGCCCCCCUGCAGAGCCUCACCCUUACCCUACUGCACGGGCAGGAGGCCCUGCACACCCAGACCUUUAGCCAAGGGGUGCCAGGCCCCCAGGAGGCCAGGGUCACCCACAGCGCCACAGCCCGCAGCGAGGACGGUCUCCGUAACUUCUCCUGCCUGGCCGAGCUUGAUCUGCGGCCUGUCGGGGGCAGAGUCGUCCGCCAAGUCUCAGAACCCCAAGUGCUCCAGAUCUAUGAGCCCAUCGCGGACAACCAGCUGGUAAUCCUCCUCGCCGCCGUGUCUGUGCUGCUCUUCCUCUUCGUGUCAGCCGUGCUACUCUGUUUUGUCUUCGGCCAGCACUGGCGCCAGCAGCGAACAGGCGCCUACGGGGUGCAGGCUGCAUGGCGGGGCCUGCGGUGGCCCUAUCGGGCACAGUCCCCAUGAAUGACAUCAGCAGCCACCACCUCAGAGGACUCUAGGAACAUGACUUCUCUCCCCUGAAUACAAGUCCCUGCCAGGGGUCUGUGGCUCCUGGACUUAGUCAAUGGCCUGGGAGGGCCCCCCAAGGUCUGAUGUUCUUCUCCCCUAGAUGUACCCCACCCCACCCUCUCCUUCCCCUUCCGGGGCCUCUGGAGCCUGCCCUGGCACCCACCCCUGAGCCAAGUGACUCAUUCAUCCUGGGCAGUGGGGAGACACGCCCGCUGGCCCAACAGAA